CUGAUAAUCUGUGGGUAUAUCAGUGCAAAACAGUGCUCCCCAUUAGUACCCAUCAGUGCAGCCUAGCAGUGUCCAUCAGUGCCACCUAUCAAUGGCCAUCAGUGCUGCCUAUCAGUGCCCAUCAGUGCUGCCUAUCAGUGCCAUCUAUCACUGCCCAUCAGUGCUGCCUAUCAAUGCCCAUCAGUGCCUCCUUAUUAGUGCCCAUCAGUGCCGCCUAUCAGUGCCCAUCAGUACCACCCCAUUAGUG